AUCUUCGAUAUAUUAACUAUGAUGAUUAUGAAGUAACUUAUAAAAUAAAUGGUCGAGGUCAGGCUAUGUAUAUAAAUGAUAAAGAAGAUUUUUUAAAUUUUAUAAAAGAAUAUAAAGAACCUGAUAAUUUGGCAAAAAGGAUGUAUAUCUACAUUAUUCUAAAAGAACCAGAACAAUUUU